AUGCAGACGAAGACAUUGGUUAUACUUGGUUUUUUGUUUAUUAUUGUUAUGCUAUCAUCAUGUGAAGGCAAACGUUUAUAUUUUGAUAAUGAUGAUGAUAUGACAUUAACUGAAGCUAAAGCUCGUAUGUUUUUAGAAAAUGAUGAUAGUGAUGAUUUUGAUAAACGAGCAAAUAGUGGCGAUUGUGUCUUAUGCAAAUUUAACGCGGUUCCAUGCUGUAAACCAAAUAUAUGUCACAGAAAACGCUUUCGACCAGAUGAAUGCAUCGAAAUCAAAGGCAAAUAA